AUGAUCAUUUACACGGAUAUCGUCUCCGGCGACGAGGUUCUCGCCGACACCUACAAGAUCCAGGAGGACCCCGAGAGCAAGCUCCUCUGGACCUGCGACUGCCGCAAGUACCUCAAGAAGAGCAACGAGGACUUCCAGCUCGAGGGUGCCAACCCCUCCGCUGAGGGCGGUGAUGAGGAUGCCGGUGGUGAGGGUGAGGCCGUCAUGGUCCACGACAUUGAGGACCAGUUCCGUCUCAACUGGCUCAAGACCGAGGAGGGCCUGAAGCCCUCCAAGGAUGCCUUCAAGGGUCACCUCAAGAGCUACGUCAAGAAGGUCCUUGCCAGGCUCACCGAGACCGGUGCUUCCAAGGAGACCAUCGAUGAGUUCAAGGCUGGUGCCGCCGGUGCUGUCAAGAAGAUCCUUGGCAACUACGACAACUACGAUGUUAUGAUGGGUCAGUCCAUGGACGGUGAUGCUAUGCACAUCCUGAUUGACUUCCGUGAGGACGGUGUCACCCCCUACGCUACCCUCUGGAAGCACGGUCUCCAGGAGGUCAAGGUCUAA